GAGACUCUGAGGGUUGUGUGCUUAGAGGAAUCCAGCUGUAAGUAUUUACACGUUUCAUUUGUGGUGUUGAUGGCAGCUCACACUUUCUCUGCUGUUGAGGGUGUAAGUAAGACAAGUACAAGAAUAAGACAGUGAAAAGCACCAACAAAAAAAAAAUGGAAGAAAGGAAACGGAGAAUGGAAGAACUGCAAAGGCUUGUAGCAGAAUUUCAAAAUAAGAGACCUGAAGAUUUUAUCCUUCACCAUAAGGGUUACCAGUAUCCUGUUGCUCUGUGCAAGUUGGAGAAUUUACAGGCUCUUGAAAUCUUUGAAGCAAGGAGAGAAGAUGUAAUGUUGGUGACGUAUCCAAAAUGUGGAUUUAACUGGGCUAUUCAACUGCUUCAAAACAUAACGUCUGCUGCUCACCCUGAAAAUGAAGGAAAACCUGCCCUUGCAGUACCUAUGCUUGAAUUUACAUCACCAGAUAAAGUACAGGAAAUGAAGAGCUUCCCUUCCCCCAGAGUUUUUGGCACUCAUCUGCAUUAUGAUGAAAUUCCAGCAUCUUUCUUUAAGAACAGAACAAAGAUGGUUGUGGUAUUUAGGAACCCAAAAGACACAGCUGUGUCAUAUUUCCACUUCUGUAAUGGUAACCCACUGCUUCCGACAUGCAUUUCUUGGGAUGAGUUCUUCAACAAAUUCAUAGCAGGAGAUGUGUUUUGGGGUUCUUACUUUAGCCAUGCCAUUGCCUGGAAUGAGCACAUUGAUGAUGAAGAUGUCUUACUUCUUACUUUUGAAGAACUGAAAGAGGAUCUGAAAGGCGGAAUUAAAAAAAUUGCAGACUUUUAUGGAUUUUCACUAUCAGAAGAACAGAUACAAUCUGUUGCUGAUCGUGGUACUUUUAAAUCUAUGAAGGAAACUUCCAAAAAGACACAUUUCAACCUUAGUGAUGUGUUCUUCCGUAAAGGAGAAAUUGGUGACUGGAAGAACCAUUUUACUGAUCUUCAAAACAAAGAGAUGGACAAAAAAUUUGAAGAAUGUCUUGCAGGAACAAAGCUGGGUGCAAAGCUGAAAUACAAUUUAUACUGCAAGGCCUGAAUAUAAUAAUAUUUAAUGAUAGUUGCUUACAAUUAAAGUUAUAACUGAUAAUCA